AUGGGUUCCUAUGAAGUUACAAACAUACUCUUCACUAAGAUCAAGGCCUUAGACCCAGAAAAUGCCAUCAAAAUCAUGGGUUUUCUUCUCAUACAAGAUCUUGCCGAGAAAGAUUUGAUUCGCUUGGCUUAUGGUCCGGAGACCCUUUUGCACUCGCUGAUUGUGAGGGCUAAAAUCCAGUUGGGCCUUUGCUCGAGCACUUCGACUACAUCUUCCACACCUUCCUCUCCUUCACCGCUAAAUCCCAUAGCCAGACCAACUAACGCCAACCCAUUUUCACAGUCUUCCCCUAGAAUCCCGAACGGUUUUGAUUUUGGGAAAAACCCAUCUUCUCCCUCCUCAAAUGCCUGGCCACUUUCUGGGUUCCCAAACAACUCCAUUAGCCCAAAGUCAAGCCCUUUACUCUCUUACGACAAUAUCCGAGCCGGGUCAGUUUCACUUCCAGUACAUUCACCCCGCUACAGCAAGGAUGGUGGGGCUGAUGUUUGGCCUGGCGGCGACCUCAUUGACGAGCACCAACUCAAUGAGUACCUCUCAUUUCUCAAUGAGUCUUCGUCCUCGUCGAGGCCCGAGGAUUUCAUCGAUCCUCGGCUCGAAUUGGGUCAUGGGGUUCCUGAUUGGGCUCAUUCUGUCAACAAUGGUGAUGCCCAUUUCCACAGAAGGAGCUAUUCGGCUAGCGAUGCGUGUCUCGGGUCCGAAGAUGCUGCUUUGGGAGGGGGGUUCAAGCCAUGCCUUUACUUUGCCAGAGGGUUUUGCAAGAACGGAAGCAAUUGCAAGUUUGUGCAUGGCGGUUUUGCUGAUUCCUUGGACGGUUCUGGUGCCAUUGUGGGGUCUCCGAGUAAUCUAGACAGUUUCGAGCAGCAGGAGGAGAUGAUGAGGUUGAAGGCUGCUCAGCAACAGAGAUUAGCUGCUGCUUCUCAGUUCAUGGGUGGAGGGUCACCUACUCCUUACAGCAAGUACAUGAAUUUCCUUUUGCAACAGCAAAAUGACCCUCAGAGAGUGGCAGCGAUGAUGAUGGGGGAAGAAUUUUACAAGUUUGGGCGAUGUCGACCUGAUAGAAACGACCUUUUGGCAAUGUCUUCAGUUGAAAAGGCGAGCUCGGCUUCAAGACAGAUCUACUUGACAUUCCCAGCUGAGAGCACUUUUAAAGAUGAAGAUGUUUCAGAAUACUUCUGCAAGUACGGGCCAGUUCAAGAUGUAAGGAUUCCAUACCAGCAGAAAAGAAUGUUUGGUUUUGUUACAUUUGUCUACCCAGAAACUGUGAGGCUCAUAUUGUCCAAAGGAAAUCCUCAUUUUAUAUGUGAUUCCCGUGUGCUUGUCAAGCCCUACAAGGAGAAGGGAAAAGUCCUGGAUAAGAGGCAACAGCAACAACAGCAUCUAGAGAGGGGAGAAUUUUCACAAUCUUUGAGCCCUGGUGGUCUUGAUUCUAGAGAUCCCUAUGAUCUCCAACUUGGGGGAAGAAUGUUCUAUGGUACACAGGAGAUGCUAUUGAGAAGAAAAUUGGAGGAGCAGGCCGAAUUACAGCAAGCCAUUGAACUCCAAGGGAGAAGAGUCAUGAGUCUGCAGCUCCCAGACUGGAAGAAUGACCGCUUACCCCAUCACCAGCGCAGUCUGUCUGUUGGUGCUCAUGUUCCCUUAAGUCCUCAGUCUCAUGUGCAGAUCAAUCAAAAUGUCAUUCCGUUUGAUAGCAUUAAACAAGAAGUUUCAGAAGGCCACGGUGAUAUUCCAGCUGUCUCAAUUUCUGUGACUGCUGAGCAGCACCUUCAGAAGGAAGAUAAUUUUGCUUUCAUUCACAAUAAUGGCAAUGGCAAAAACAAGGAGCAAGGCUCCUACUUGGAAACUCCUGAUCUUCAGAAAAGCAGUGUAGAGCAGGUCCUUCCUGAUUGCCUUUUUGCUGCUCCCUCAAAUUCAGCUGGGGAUCAUCUCUCUGACUUGUCAACCGCUGUGUCAGAUCUUAAUGAUACCAUCAUGUCCUUGCUAGGGAUUGUAGUCAUGCAGUCAAACAAUCUUUUUAUUAUGUUGGGUUAUGUUCCUAUGCAGGAGAGUAGAGAAGCAUAUACAAGGAAGAAAAAUCCUCUAGAUGUAUAG